AUCUUCAACCAACUUUCCAUUUCUACUUGGUUCUCAAAAAAAAACUUUCCAUUUCUACUAUUGAAAAAAAAAAACAUCUUUUGUCCAAACAUGGGUGGCGAUCAAGAGCAAAUUGCCUCUCUCGCCGGAGAUGGAGAACCGCCGCCAGCCUCCACCGCCGACCGCCGCCUCGGUGGCUGGAGCACCUUCCCUUUCAUCAUAGCAUGCGUUUCCUUGCUGACUCUCGCCGGCGGCGGCCUAAUCAACAACCUAAUCGUCUUCUUGAUCACCCAAUUCAACAUCCAAAACGUCGACGCCGCCCUAAUCAACAACGUCUUCAACGGCUGCGUCAACCUCUUCCCUCUCGUCGGCGCCGUCGCCGCCGACUCCCUCCUCGGCUGCUUCUCCGUCAUCUGCAUUUCCUCUCUCGUCUCCUCCCUCGGCUUCCUUCUUCUUCUCCUCACCACAACGGUAGAAACCCUAACCCCUCCCACCUGCAAAACCGCCUCAAAUCCAUGCAUCCCGCCAUCAAAAUCUCAAUACGCAGUGCUGUAUUCAGCUCUAGCUCUGGUUUCCAUCGGCGUCGGCGGCGCGAGGUUCACUCUAGCAACGAUGGGAGCCAACCAGUUCACGGAGCUCGGCCACCAAUCCACCUAUUUCAACUGGUAUUUCUUCAGCCUGUACGGCGCCUCGUUCGUGUCGGCCACCGGGAUCGUGUACGUCGAGGAUAAUGUGAGCUGGGGAUUAGGGUUUGGGAUAUGCACGGCGGCGAGCGUGGUCGGACUGGCGGUGUUCUUGCUCGGGAGCCGGUACUACCGCCGUGACGAGCCGCGGGGGAGCCCCUUCACGGGCUUGAUUCGCGUCGUCGUCGCGAGUUUGAGGAAGAGGAAGGCCGCGACCUCUUCCUCGGCGGCUGCGGAUUAUUACUAUGGAGGUGGCGCCGUUGUUGCAGAGCCUCCCACCAAGAGGUUCAGGUCACUGAACCGUGCAGCGCUCAAGGCCGAUGGCGACGUGGGCCCGGAUGGCUCGAUCGCAUCGGCAUGGAAGCUUUGCACGGUCCAGGAGGUAGAGGACCUCAAGAAUCUGAUCAGAAUCCUCCCAAUAUGGUCAUCCAGCAUCUUCCUCAGCACUCCAAUCGGAGUCCUCCUCAGCCUUACAGUUCUCCAAGCUCUCGUCACCGACCGCCGCGUGGGGCCGCUCCACCUCUCCGCCGGCUCCAUGAUCGUCUUCGCCCUGAUGUCCACCGCGCUAGGCGUGAUCCUCACCGACCGCUGCCUCUGGCCGCUGUGGAGGAAGCUGCGCCGCGGGGGCAAUCCCACGCCCCUGCAGCAGAUAGGCGCCGGCCACGUGCUCAACGUCGCCAGCAUGGCGGUGGCGGCCCUCGUGGAGUCGAGGAGGCGGGCGUCCCGCGGCCGGCUGUCGAUCGGGUGGCUGGUGCCGCAGAUGGCGUUGUUGGGAUUCGGGGAAGCGUUUCACUUCCCCGGGCAAGUGGCGUUUUACUAUCAAGAAUUCCCUUGUUGUUUGAAGGGGCUGGCGACGGCCAUGGUGGCGGUGGUGAUUGGUUUGGCCUAUUACUUGAGCACUGCGGUGGUUGAUUUUAUUAGGAGGGUUACGGAUUGGUUGGGGGAUGAUAUUGAUGAUGGAAGGGUGGAUUGUGUGUAUUGGGUGAUGGUGGUGAUUGGGGUUGUCAAUUUUGGGUAUUUUCUUGUUAUUUCUUGGCUCUACAAGUGCAAGAAUGUGGGAGUUGGAAAGGGUGGUGUUGGUGUGUGAAAUUAAAUGAAAUGAUUUGUCUUGAUUUUGUGAGGUGUGGGGUUGGUUUGAGUGGUUGUUUGUGUCUUGUGAGAAAUGAGUUUUUGAGCAUAUAGUGUUGGAGUGGGGUUUCCACUCACCACCCACUUGUUUAUUUCAAUCAUGUUUGUGGCAUUCCAAAGUUUGUUUUGGGCUGCAUUUGAUCAGAUCAAUUUAAGUGGUGACAAAUAAUUGCAUUGA